CAAAACCAAACCGACAUCAUCGUCGUCGUGCCAUGAUAUUCUUACGGCCGGAAGUACCGAAGUCUUCAAAAAUAACGCGAGAUAUUCAACCGCUUCGACGACACUCUGAUGUCCGUAUCACCAGGACACGCUGUACAUUCUUAAUGUCGACAUCGCGCAAAGGCAAGCAUCGCGCGCAACGCAACGGCGCACUUGCAGCUCUCGGCUCUCAACGUCGCUCGCGUCAUCGCCGUCGGUGUGCCUAUCGACUAUCCGCUAUCCGCGCUUGCCCGUGAUUGUCGAGGAGCAGCGUAGUUUUCCCAGUUUGACGCACCGCCGCCGUGUGUACGACGAUGGAGGUGCAGCGGCUGUGCAAAGCAACCCCCGCUAUUGGCGAUGCCUCGAAGAAUCAAACUCCACCAACACUUCUUUCAAGUUUAAGAAGUGUACUUUUCGUUAUUGGAACUGUGGUAGUCGGAUUCGCUGCUUUUUGCAAUUCUCUGACAUGGCAUUUACAAAGAUUCUGGGGUGCAUCCGGAGACUUCUGGCAAGCUCAGUGGGACAAAAUUUUGGAUAAAUUUGGAGAUGAUCCUGUUACGCUAUGGGUUUACGGAUCCUUAAUAUUAACGAUCGCGGUUUACUGGAUCGUCGGUGGAAUUUACAUUAUCCUAGACAUCACCAACCGGCCAGCGGUGCUGCGCAGAUACAAAAUACAGCCCGGUACAAACGAGCCAGUGGACAAAAGGGAGUUAUGCAAAGUGAUCGCUCAAGUACUGUUCAAUCAGAUCGUCGUCGGCUUACCUAUUAUGUAUCUCGGCUAUUACUUCAUGGAAUGGCGCGGUUAUCCCCCGGUGCGCGAGCUACCAACGUUUCACUGGGUGCUCGCCGAGAUCGCGAUUCAUAUACUAUGCGAGGAGAUUGGCUUUUAUUACUCGCACAGAUUUCUUCAUAAGCGUUCCCUAUACAAAUAUAUACAUAAACAACAUCACGAAUGGACUGCUCCCAUAGCUGUGACUGCUUUGUAUUGCCAUCCCUUGGAAAAUAUUGGAUCGAAUCUACUUCCACCUUUCUUAGGUGUAUUCAUCAUGGGCUCCCAUGUAGCCACUGCUUGGAUUUGGUUCUCGCUUGCGAUUCUUUCGACGUUGAAUGCACAUUCCGGAUAUCAUUUACCAUUUUUCCCAUCGCCGGAAGCACAUGAUUUCCAUCAUUUAAAGUUUAACCAAUGCUAUGGUGUGCUCGGCGUUUUAGAUCGCAUCCACGGUACCGAUACACAAUUCCGUAAUUCGCGGAAUUACACACGACACAUAAUGAUGCUUAGUCUUAUACCGCCCAGGGAAGCUUUCCCAGAUGAGGCAAAGUACAAGUCAAAGUAAAGGGACCCUUCGAUAAUUCUAUAUGAAAGUUCUCUAAUCUCUGAAGAAAAAAAUCUAUUCGCGUUGAAUGCAAUAUUUCUGCAGCGAUGACCGAGUCGAAAACAAUAGAUAAAUAAUAAAUAUAAUCAAUUUUAUCUGGCUGGAUAUUGACAAGCUUUCUAAAAAAA